AUGUUCCUUAGAAACUCGGACCCAUACGCUAUGAUAUCGUUUCUAAAGUCACUCAUUCGUGCUCUGGACGGAGAUGAUGACGUCUUCGAUUUUGCUUUUGUGGCCUCUUCGGUCACCGAGCUCCCUUAUUUUGCUACGAGGACAAAGAUUGGGAAGAAGAGAAUUGAGGAAGUGAUAGAUUCAGAUCUUCAGGGACUCGCCAAAUACGAGGAGAGAGCGAUUAAAGCUAUCAAGCCGAGAGUGAAAGUUACCAUUGAGAAAGACAUCACUUUGCUACAGAGGACUUUUGUUGCUAUUUCGGUUUACAAACUUUUGAUUGUGGUUUGA